CGCUGACGCGGGGAGAGAGGAGGACACACGAACUAUAGAGCUCCCAGACAGUUGUUUGCAAGUCGCCUCUGGCGUCAGACAAGCACAAAGUGUCUCUGGGGUGAAGUGCGAUGGGUUCCGUCCGCAUCCUUCUGUUCGUCAGCCUUUUCGAGCUGGCAAGUUCUCUCACCCGAACCUACUAUCUCGCUGUCCAAGAAAAAGUUUGGGACUACGCGCCCGGCGGCACAAACGUGUUAACAGACCAGGACUUGGAACAGGAUGAACAUGCAUCAGUGUUUUUAAAAAACGGCGAACACAGGAUUGGACAAUUGUACAAGAAAGCAGUGUAUAAGCAGUUUACGGAUGAAACCUAUUUGACUGAGAUCCGUAAAUCGAAUUGGCUGGGAUUUCUAGGCCCAGUGCUCAAGGCUGAAGUGGAAGAUGUGAUUUUUAUUCAUUUCAAAAACUUUGCAUCUCGUCCCUACUCUGUGCAUCCACAUGGAGUUUUCUAUGAUAAAGAUUCUGAAGGUGCCCUUUAUCCCGAUCGUACAUCAGGCGAGCACAAGAUGGAUGAUGCCGUUCCACCAGGUGGGAACCAUACAUACAGAUGGGUAGUCAAGAAGGAGUAUGCACCAACUGAUGCUGAUGCAAAUUGCUUAACCUGGAUUUACCAUUCCCAUAUCGAUGCUCCAAAGGACAUUUCAUCAGGUUUAAUUGGAGCACUGUUAACAUGCAAAAAAGGAACCUUGGAUGAAGGGACUCUGAAACGUAAAGAUGUUGACCAGGACUUUGUCUUAAUGUUCAGUAUUGUGGAUGAAAAUCUGAGUUGGUAUCUAGAUGAUAACAUUAAUAAUUAUUGCACUAAGCCAUCUACGGUUGAUAAAGAUGAUGAAGACUUCCAAGAAAGCAACAAAAUGCAUUCUAUCAAUGGUUAUCUGUUUGGCAAUUUACCCGGCCUAAAUAUGUGUGCUGGUCAGUCUAUUUCCUGGCACUUGUUUUCAAUUGGAAAUGAAGUUGAUGUACACUCUGCAUAUUUCCAUGGCCAGACCUUCAUCGACAGAGGUCAUAAAGUGGAUGUUGUCAGUCUUUUCCCGGCUACCUUUGUCACAGUAGAAAUGGUUCCCAGAAAUGUUGGAAAAUGGUUACUAAGCUGUCAAGUCAAUGACCAUAUUAAAGCUGGAAUGCAAGCAUUGUUCAAUGUGAAUGAUUGUGGAUUCCAUCAUUCAGAGAUUACACUAACUGGUAAAGAGAGAAAAUACUUCAUUGCAGCUGAAUUGGAGCAAUGGAAUUAUGGUCCCACAAAUAAGAACACAUUUAAUGGUCAACCACUAGAUGCGGAAGGAAGUGAUUCUGAAGUUUUCUUCAAGAAUAGUAUGGACAGAAUUGGAGGAGAAUACUGGAAAGCUCGAUAUGUUGAAUAUACUAACGAAUCCUUCCACACAAAAAAAAAUCGAUUACCAGCAGAAAAGCAUCUUGGAAUACUUGGCCCAGUGAUCAAAGCUGAAGUUGGAGACACCAUUAUUGUCACUUUCAUGAACCAAGCCGAUCGUGCCUACAGCAUUCAGCCUCAUGGGGUGUAUUUUACCAAGGAGUUUGAUGCAACAAACUACGUUGAUGGUUUUGAAAGAAAUGCUUCACAUGUUGAGCCUGGAACAUCCUUCACCUAUACAUGGACAGUGCCACAGCAUGUGGGACCUACAGUGAAUGAUCCACCCUGCCUGACCUGGAUGUACUACUCAGCCACCAAUAUUGUGGAGGACACUAAUUCUGGCCUUGUCGGUCCAUUGGUUAUCUGCAGGAAGAACACAUUGAAUCAAGAUGGUUCACAGAAAAAUAUCGACCAGGAAUUUUACUUGCUGUAUACAGUCUUUGAUGAGAAUAUGAGCUGGUAUCUCUCAAAUAAUUUGAAGACAUAUAUUCAAAAUGCUUCUAAUGUUGACUUGGAGGACGAAGAAUUUCAAGAAUCAAACAAAAUGCAUGCCAUUAAUGGUUACAUGUACGGUAACCUGCCCGGACUGGUGAUGUGCAAGGGUGACAAUGUUUCAUGGCAUUUGAUUGGGCUGGGCACUGAAAUCGACAUUCAUGGGAUUUACUUUCAAGGCAACACCUUCCAAGUGAGGGGGACCAACCGUGACGUGUACAAUGUGUUUCCUCACACUUCUGCAACAGUCUUCAUGCAGCCUGAUGAUGUUGGCACCUUUAAGGUAAUCUGCCGAACGGCUGAUCAUUACAUGGGUGGAAUGAAACACUUGUAUCACGUUACAAACUGCAAUAAAAGUGUCCCAGCCCAAACAGUUGGGGUGAUCCGAACAUAUUACAUUGCAGCUGUGGAGUUGGAAUGGGACUAUUCCCCUGACAGGAGCUGGGAGCUGGAAUUAUUCAACAUGACUGCAGAAGAAAGCCCUGGCAAUGUCUUUGUUGGUGCAGGGGAUGGCAAAAUUGGGUCAAAGUACAGAAAGGCUGUUUACCAGGAAUAUACAGAUGAAACAUUUACCACACAGAAACCAAGAUUGCCAGAAGAGCAACAUUUGGAAAUAUUAGGUCCUAUCAUCCGGGCAGAGGUUGGUGAUGUUAUCCUGGUAAUAUUUAAGAACUUAGCAUCCAGGCCUUACUGUAUUCACCCACAUGGUGCUGAAGAAGUGAACGGUGGUAAAUAUCUCAAAGUACCAGUGACUAAGCCGGGUCAGAUCAAGACCUACAGAUGGAAUGUUCCAGAAAGAUCAGGUCCUAAUAAAGGGGACUCAAAUUGCAACACGUGGAUUUAUUAUUCUGCAGUAAAAUUUGUGAAGGACCUGUACAGUGGGUUGGUUGGUCCUCUGAUUACUUGCCGUAAAGGAAUACUUGAUGAGAACGGCAGAAGGAAAGAUGUUGAUCGGGAAUUUGCCUUAUUGUUCCUGGUAUAUGAUGAAAAUGAAUCCUGGUACCUGAAUAACAACAUCAGAAAUUACCUUCAUGUGGAUCCAACAGAGUUUAAGAAAACAGAUGAAUUUGAAGAAAGCAAUAAAAUCCAUGCAAUUAAUGGGAAGGUAUAUGGAAAUCUUCAUGGGCUGACCAUGGUUAAAGGAGACAAAGUUGACUGGUAUUUGUUGGGAAUGGGAAAUGAAGUGGACAUGCACACAGUUCAUUUUCAUGCCGAGAGCUUUCUCUAUAAGAUGAGUAAUGAUCACAGAGCAGAUGUAUAUGAUCUCUUCCCUGGAACGUUCCAGACAAUUGAAAUGGUUGCCUCAAACCCGGGAACAUGGCUGUUUUCAUUCUUAAUAGAUGGUGCAAGGACUACUGUGAAAGAUCAGUAUCGGGGUUCCACAACCAAUGGUGGCUCUGCAUUAACGUUAGACUUCUUUGGAAACAAGCUUGAUAAAAAAGAAAUCAAACUAAUGCUGGCCUUGCUUCUCAUUAUUGGGGCCCUGCUAUUGGUAAUAGUUUUGGCAUUUCUCAGUAUUAUUAUUUACCAGCGCAGAAGGAAGUGCUAUGGACAAGUUACCCAGUCCUCAUUUCCCAUGAAUAGAAUUUGAUUUGUUGCACUUGUUACUGCUGUUUAUUGAUUGUAUUCAAGAAUUUAUUUUUUAAAUCGGACACAAAUGAAUGUACACUUAUGUAAUAUGAUAACGUUUUCUAUGAUAAAUGUUUAUUUGGACUAAAUCCAAUAAUUCCAAUCAGAAUUUGGAAUAAAAUGUUGAAAUAGAGACAAUAUAUUCAUCCUAAAUGAAA